AUUGCAACUUUUUUGUGUCUUGAGAAAGAGGGUGUACUUUUUUGUCCUUUCUUGUGAGAAAGUUUUAGUGUAUUGUCUAUCUUGAUGAUUAAAGUUAGGAUCUUUAGCAGUUUUUAGAAGAUCCAUAAGCUGACAAAUUUUGUUUUUUUGUUUUCUUUUCAACAACAAAACAAAAUAAAAUGAAAAUAACUGUAAAAGAGCUGUAUGGAUGGAUAAUGUCACAAGUAAGACAAUAAGGAGGCUAUGAUGUGUAUAUUGUGUGAAAUCUUGUGGUAGCUUUGUGGAUUGAUGGGUGAAUCCAUUGUGGAGACUACUGCUGUCAAGCACAAGAUGGGUGACUCAGUUGUGUCUCAUCCUACACUUGAAGUGUCAGUUUCUUUUGGAAGGUUUGAGAAUGAUGCACUUUCUUGGGAGAAAUGGUCAUCUUUCUCCCCUAAUAAGUAUCUGGAAGAAGUUGAAAAGUGUUCAACACCUGGAUCAGUAGCUCAGAAGAAGGCCUAUUUCGAAGCACACUACAAGAGGAUUGCUGCUAAGAAGCUGGAACAAUUAGAGGAGGAAACACGGCAAGUAGAACAGAAAAUGGAACCUCUGUGUCCAGAAGUAGCUGAGCCCAAAUCUGGAGAUGUGACAGAAAAUGGAACCUCUGAUGGUGAUUUCAGUUCAUCCAAGGGUGAGAGAUCUUCUGUAGAUGAGCAGCAAAUGUCAGUGGUAGAGUUGAAGAAUAGUGAUGCAGUGGAUGAACCAAAGGAGGAUAUUACUGUUGAUGUGGAGUGUGAUAACUUAUUGGUUACCAAAGCUAAGGAACUUACUAUCUCAGGAAUUGAUGAGUCAAAGGAUGAUAUUUCUGUUGAUAUAGAGUGUGUUAGUCCAUUUGCUACUGAAGCUAAGGAAGGAACUGUAUUGGGGAUCGAUGAGUCAAAUGAGGAUAUUUCUGUUGAUGUGGAAUGUGAUAACUUAGUGGUUACUAAAACUAAGGAAGAAACUAUUUUGGGAACAUGUGAUCAAGGAGAAUUUCAUAAGGUUGAAGAGCGGAAUCCUGAAAAAGGAUGUCAAGUUAGUGUAGUAGAGACUCCACAAGCAAAUACUGAAGCACAAAAAGCCUCUCUUAAGAAAAGCAAGACCCCUAAUGCAAAUGUAAAGAAUGUGCCGCGAAAGGCAUACACUCCAGAGGCUCGGGUAUCCGUUGGAACAAAGAAGAAACUGACAUCACCUGUGGCAAAAUCCUCAAGAAUUUCCACUCCAACAUCUAAGCAAGCGCCAACUUCUAAGGUCGUUACUCCAUCUCAACCAUCAGCAAAGAAGGUGAAUGGAAUGUCAACUCAAAGAAGUAAUAAUACUCCUUUGGUACAACACAAGAAACUAGUUCCUGGGUCAUUUGUGUCGCCUUCUCAAUCCUCAAACAAAAAGUUGAAUGGAGCAACACUUUCUCAAUCCUCAAACAAAAAGAUGAAUGGAGCGACGCCUUCUCAAUCCUCAAACAAAAAGUUGAAUGGAGCAACACCUUCUCAAUCCUCAAACAAAAAGUUGAAUGGUGCAAUGUCUUCUCAAUCCUCUAACAAAACGUUGAAUGGUGCAGCAUUGCAAAGGAGUGUAAAUUCUCCAGUGCUAGAGGACAAGAGAGUAGUUCCUACAUCAUUACACAUGUCUCUCCGUUUGAGUUCCCCAAAUUCUACAGCUUCUACUAAUACAAUGAGAAAAUCUUUGUUCAUGGAAACGAUGGGAGACAAGGAUAUUGUCAAACGAGCAUUUAAGGCAUUUCAGAAUAGUUUUAGCCAAGGAAGAUCUGCUGGAGAUAUGACAUAUGAUGUACAAGAUCAGGUGUCGUCAAAAGGAUCCGAGCAGAAGAUUUCACUUUCUUCGACUCAGAAGGAGAGUGAGAGAUUAAGGAAGACACCAGAUAAGGUAAUCACUCUAAAAGGCCAAUCGACGACUCGUUCAACCUCUUCGUCAUCAGGGGCACCUAAAGAUGCUGGCGUGGAGAAGAAAAGGGUGAAUUCUAUCAGAGCUUCUACUGGCUUGAGAAUUGAUAGAUCAACUGAUAAAUGGAAGGAGGAGGUUACCAAAGGGAAGAUCAAAUGACCAGGAUCAAAUAGGUGAAAUUUGAAAGUACACCUCUACAAUCAGGAUGAAACUUGAACUUCAGCAUUAGCAUGGUGGUUAUUUUGUUGAGGAAUGCACCCACUGGAUCAGUCGUGCACGCAAGAUAUUGGAGCUGUUUUUUUGAAGAACUUAGGCAAGAAGACCAAGUCAUGCAUUGAAACUGCUAGCUCAGCCGCCUAUUCUCGUAUAGAUCUGGUGUAUCAACACUAUGCUGGACUCCUGAAACUAUCCUCUUGUUAUUUUUGACCAUUAAAUUCCAGUCUAGUGAAGUCAUUUAGGUUUUAAUUCUCUUAUAUUAUAUAGCAUUAGAUCUUGUCGCCAUUGUGUGUAAAAAUGUACAAGCAGAAGGUGGUUUCCAUGGUUUUAGGUUCCAUUGUAGUAUCAAAGUUAAUGUAUGAUAGGGUGAAAUGUGUUUCAUAUCCAAAGUUAAAUUUAUUUUAUAUGGUAUCAAAGUAGCGUAAACAUUUGGAUU